UCCAUUCUUCAGUCUGUCAUCUUCAAUUGCUUGCUGAUUGCGUUUCGUCACAAUCCAUCGAAAGCUUGAAAGGGCUUUCAAGACGAGAGUAUGUCGAGCUCCACCGAUGAAUCCGGAGAAUCCAUCGUGCAGUCAAAUCAAAUAUCCACGACGAUCGUACCGUCUGCCGGUGCUUCCAUUGAUACGGACUCUGAUGGAGAUUUCAACGGCGAUGAUUUUUACGACGGAGAUGAAGAAUUUAGGCGGAAAGAGGGUGUGAACAGGGGCUUGAUUAAUGCUCUGGGACAGGAUGACCUAGAUUAUUUUUACCCACAAGCACUGUUUUGUUUGGCCAACUUUAACUUUAAUCAUGAUACCGAUUUCGUAUUUGAAAAGAUAGUGAGAGGAUGGUUUGGUAACGGUAUUGAAUUCUACCUUAUAUUUGAGGCAAGCAGUCCACGCAUUGCAGGAGGCAAACCUUUAGUCUUCCAAUCAUAUAUUGGUAUGUUCUUUGGUCGAUUGGGAGGCCAUGAGAUAGAGUUCUGCAGGCUGCACCCCAUUGAUUGUGCAAUUACUCUUGAAGAUCUUCCAAUUUGUGCCAAUCUUGACCACACACAACAUCUCGUCCAUAUGUCUUCUGUUUAUGCCACCUUCUGCUAUGGAAAUUGGCUGAGACUUAAAUUUGGUCUCGGGAACAUCAUCAGCUUCGAUAAAAUUGUAGAACCAACUUUGCUCGAGGACUUUGCCUUUGGAUACAAGAUCAUCUUUAGCGCUUUUGAAAAAAAAGAUGUCUCUCGCGAACUUAAGACUUGUGAAGCAGUGGUUGUGUUUAGGCAAGAUCUAAGUGUCAUAUCGGUCAGAUCUAUUAUUGAGAUGGAGAAUCAAAAUGAAAAGAAGGUAGAAAUAUGACUAGCAUGAAAUGUCUUUGAUAUUUUUCUAGUAUACAAGUGUGUCUCUGUUUGGUAUAUAUGGUUAUGACAGUUUGUUAUAUUUUGGAAGUUGAUCAUGGAA